ACUUAAUAAAAUUGAACUCGCGAUCUCCCUGGAGUCACAGCUCCAAUUCAAACCUGAAAUUCACAAAUUUAUGCUUAACAAUAUUAAAAACAUCAUUAAAGACAACAACACUCACACGGGCUGUGACCGCAGGGAGAUCGCUAACAUAAAACAGAAGAUCAUUGAUAAUGAUCUUGUGGUGACACUUGGAGACAAAAACGCCGGUCUAGUUAUCCUUAAUAAAAAUUCUUAUCUUCAAAAAACAUUCUCUUUCUUUCAACAAAAUAAUAUUACAUUAAUUAACAAAAACCCAACUCAAUCUUACAAUAACCUUCUCAAAAAACUUAUUAAUUCUAGCAAAGAUACUCUUGUUAAAUUUAACUUUAAUACUUACUCACUCAUUCAAAUGAAUCCCCUCCCACCUGUUCUCAAAUGUUUAAUUAAACUUCACAAAGAAGACCAUAGCAUUCGACCUAUUAUUAGUAAUGUUAAUACUCCUUCAGAGAAGAUUGCCAAACAGUUUCAAAAAUUCCUAUACAACAAUUUUAAUAGUGAUAUAAAAUAUAGUGUUAAAAACUCAAAACAAUUAAUUGAUUCUCUUCAAGAUAUCCAAAUCAAUAAUAACUCCAUCCUCAUCUCUUUCGAUAUUAAAAACUUAUAUUCUAAUAUUCCUAUAAAAGAUUCAUUAAAAAUAAUCGAAGCCCACCUUUGUAAUAACAUAUGCAAAUAUGACAGUGUUCAAUACCAAGACAUAUAUAACUUCAUUUCCUUGUUGGAAUUGGUAUGCAAUCAGAAUUUUUUCAUUUUUGACAACAAAUUUUACCAGAUGAAGGAUGGCCUCCCCAUGGGUUCACCCAUUUCAGGGAUAAUUGCUGAUAUUUUUGUUAACCACUUCGAAGGGAUUCUGUUCUCGGAGAAAUAUGAAUUUUUUACUAAAAAUAUUAUCUUUUAUAAAAGAUACGUUGAUGAUAUCCUUCUGAUAUACAACGGUAAAAGAUCCCACAUUAUAGCUCUUAAUAACAUUUUUAACAAUAUUAAUAAUCUUCAAUUUACUUACGAAGUAGAAAAAUGUUCAUCUAUUUGCUUCCUUGAUCUUACUAUAACAAAGUGCACCUCCGAGAACAGAAUCCUAUUCGACAUAUAUAGAAAACCUACUACUACCAAUACCUUAAUCCCAAAAAAUUCAUUUACAUCAUUUCAACAUAAAUACGCAUCUUUUCGUUUCUUUUUUGAUAGAAUUUUAAAUUACCCACUUUCACGUGCUAGUUUUAACAAGGAAAUUAAUACUAUCAUCAAGCUGGGCUUCGAUAAUGGUUACUCCCUUCAGGAGCUUCAAAAUUUAUUUUUCCGCAUUCAUCAAGCUAGAAUUAAUAAUCUCAUAUAUCCCCACUUUUCCAACCCCGGCGUUUUUGUCUCUAUACCUUUCCACCCUUUAAUCCAAAAACAAUUUUCCGAUAUUUUCAAUAAGUUUAAUGUCACACCGGUAUACCGUGCUAAUGCUAAAUUGGGCCAAUUAUUAACUAAUAAUAAACACAUAUUCGAUGAUAAACUUAAAAGUGGGAUUUACAAACUUAAUUGUAACGAUUGCGAUUCCUUUUAUAUAGGACAAACUGGAAGGAAUAUCAGUACUAGAUUCAAGGAACACUUAAAUAAAGAAAAUUCUACUUUUUAUAAACAUUUAAAAGAACAUAAACAUAAAACUGAUAUAUCCAAAAUUAAACUUCUAAAACAUCUUAAUAAAUCCAGAAAAAUGGACCUAUUUGAGGAAUACUAUAUAAAAUCAUACCACAUUAAAAACCCUGAACAUAUUUUGAAUGAAAUUACUGAUUUUAACAAUUAUAAUAGAUAUUUUACACCUUUCAUAUAAUUUCAAACUCACCGCUCUUGCAUUUGGUUUGUCACAUCCUGAUACCAAUCUUUCAUUUUCUUAAGUUGUCAUAUUACUUACUUCCUCUUUUAACUGACCUCAGUCCGUUGUAACCAGUCGAUAUGUGCACACGACUCAAGUUUUUCGGUAACACUUAACGUUAUAAUACGCUUUCAAUAAUAUUAAUACCCUUUUCUUUUAGAUUUUUAACGAUAAAUUCCCUUUUUAUAACACGCCUUCAGCUUUCACAUUUUCUUUUACGCCUGCCUUCAGCAUUUCAAAAUUUUAUUAACCUAUCACCCGACGUUGGAGUUUUUAACCUGACAUGGUAAACCCACGCCGUUUUCAAAAAUUUCACUUUUUUCUUUAAUCCAAAAUUAUAUUUUUAAUCAUCGGUCCGUCGUAGUUUUUUGUAAGAGAAAUUUUUCCACAUGAUCAUUUUUUCACGUGUUCAUCAUUCUUAGUUUUUGACGUCGUACCUGAAGACGCUUUUAGAAAAAGCGAAACAUUGUUGUACCGAAAUUAGAAAAAAAUAAUAAAUAAUCAUCGUGGA